ACUUGAAGAAGAUUUCAGAUAACUCAGACUUCGAGUCAUUCAUUCACCUAAAAAGUUGAGCACAUAUAUAGCUGGAGAUGGAGGGACUUAAUUGCAAGAAUAAAAUCCAGCGGAGCAUGGAACGUUAUGGAGAAAGAAUUACAGUGCUGAGCAUUGAUGGAGGCGGAGUUAGGGGAAUCAUUCCCGGAACCAUAUUGAGUUUUCUUGAAUCAAAGUUACAAGAGUUGGAUGGACCAGAAGCUCAACUUGCAGAUUACUUCGAUGUAAUAGCAGGGACUAGUACUGGAGGCCUAAUGGCGACCAUGUUAACAGCACCGGACCAACAUGGCCGUCCUCUUUAUGCUGCAAAGGAUAUUGUUCCAUAUUAUCUUGAGCAUAGUCCCAAGAUCUUUCCCCAGCGCAAUAAAAUCGUAACGCUACUAAGGAUGAUGUAUGGUCCAAAAUAUGACGGUAAGUAUUUAAGGAAUUUAAUCCGAGGACUCUUGGGGAGCCGAAGAUUGCACGAAACUAUAACUCAUUUGCUUAUUCCUACGUAUGACAUCAAGAUACUUCAGCCCCAAGUUUUCUCUUCAUUUGAGGCAGCCUUGGAUCCUGCUAUGGAUGCUUUAUUAUCAGAUAUCUGCAUCAGUACUUCGUCAGCUCCAGUUUAUUUUCCUGCUUACUUCUUCAAGACAAAAGAUUAUCAUGGAAAUGAAAGAGAAUUUAAUCUUAUCGAUGGAGGCAUUGCAGCCAAUAACCCUGCAUUGCUGGCGAUGAGACCAAUUGGAGCCAACGCAAAACUAUUGCCGGCAAAUGUUUUGGAUUAUGGCAAGUAUCUAGUUCUAUCUGUGGGAACAGGUACUUCAAAGUCACAAAGGAAGUAUGAUGCAAUUAGAGCAGCCAAAUGGGGACUCAUUUGUUGGCUCACUAAAGAUGGAAACUGCCCUUUGGUGGAUGCUUUUACUUUUGCCAAUGCUGAUAUGGCUGACCUUCAUUUAUCUUUGCUUUUUAGCACUGCUGGCCAUAUAAACAACUACCUUCGGAUCCAGGAUGACUAUUUAAGUGGACGUGCAUCAUCGACUGAUAAAGUGUGCAUGGAGGAGCUGGUGGAAAUUGGUAAUGACAUCUUGCAAAAGCCUAUUUCAAGGAUGAAUCUUGAUAGCUGCAAAUAUGAAGCUGUUGAGAAUGAAGGCACAAAUGAGCAAGCUCUUACCAGAUUUGCGAAGCUGCUUUCACAGGAGAAGAGACUUCGCACUAAAAGAAUGAAAGAGAAGAACGUGGUCUAAUGGACAUGCAUGAACAAAUAUUGUAGAAUAAGUCCGAAAUUGUUAUUCUUCUAAGAUAUAAUUGACUAGUCUCUCUUUUGAUUGUUCAAUAUAUAUAGAAUAAAUUAUAAUUCUUCUUAGAGAGAAGACAUGUCUCAAUCUCUCCCAUUUGUGAAAGCAGUUGGAUCAUUUUUACGUACAAUUUUCCCAUUAUUAUAUUAUUUUGAUCAUAGUAUUUGUA